AUGGCAACAACCAUCACUUUUAAUUUAACAGGUGAUGAUGAAACAAAAUCAUUUGUUGAAAAUCAAGUAGAAGAUCAAUAUUUAUUACGUCCUCCAAUAAAAAUUUUCAAAUCAUUUCCAUCACAUAUAAUACAAAAAAUUGAAGCUGAUCGACGACAACGUCAUUUACCAAUAUCGAAAUCAGCAUCGGAUUUUCUUACUAUUAAACAAUCAUCAUUUGAUAUACCGAAUGAUGAUGAUGAUGAUGAUGAUGAUGAUGAUGGUGAUGAUUUAAAUGUCAAUAAUCAAACAAAACUAACUAAAACAAUAUCACAUGACAAUCAUAAUCAUUCAAUAUUAUCAACAUCUAGAACACGACGAUCACCAUCUGAAGUACGCAUUAAUUUAUAUUCGAAUAAUAAUUUAACUAAUAGUCAAUUACAACUAACAAAUUCCAAAUAUAAAAAUGAACUUGGUAGUUCUGAUCCAUCAUUACUUGAUAGAAAACAUGCAAAACAAAAUCCUGUUGAUCAUCUUCGACGUAAUUUUAUUGAACGUCAUUUUGCUCGUCGUAUACAUUCAUCAUAUUCAUCAUCAACAACAUUACGUUCAUUAGGUCGACGUCGUUCAACACAAAAUUUAUAUGUACGUUGUCGACGAAAUUUACAUCAUUUACCACGUAAUUCAAAAUGGCAUAUUGUUCGUCAUCGUUUACGAGAUAUAGCUAUGAUGAGUGAAUCAUAUGCACGAAUGAAAUUAAUUGAACAAGAUUUACGUUGGAUAAAUUUACGUGAAAAAAUUCUUUUACAAGUAUUAGAUAUGAAAGAAAUAUCUUUAUUACGUCAACAAGAUAAUGGACUUAAAAUAAAAAAAAAAUUACAUAAAACAAGAUUUGAUUUAAAAACUAUUCCAAUUAAUGAAGUUGUACAUGUUGAACGUGAUGGUCGAGUUUAUUCAAUGAGUACACGUGAUCUUGUUCUAGGUCGUUUACUUUGUGAUGAAGAUAUACAACUUGAUACAUUUGCUCAAUUAGAUGCACGACGACAAUUUCAAAUACAACAACAUUUAUUAAAACAACAAGAAGGAAGGACACGAUUGAAAAAACAUAUUGCUUUUUCAUUUUGUCUUUGUAAUUUAUCGUUUAUUGUUCUUAUGUUUGCUGCUAUGUUGAUAUUUGCUACGAAAACGAUAAUUGAAAUGAGAUUAUGA